ACUGCACACUGGAAUACGAGCCCGAGGGAGAGCUGGGCGGAGAGAAAAGGGGUCGCGUCUCACCUUUCAGCAAAGAUAGAGAGGGGGAGAUAUUCGAAAAGUUCAGUCUGCCCUCGGCGCGCUUGCUUGCAAGGCACGACUAGCCCUCUCAUUAUUGGCCGCCUGUCAGCACCGUAACAGACGGCAGAUGCGAGCAUUCAAACAAGAUCCGUUUCUGAGCUGAGCAGACCAUGCAGACACAGGCAGUUUGAGUAGGUUUUGUAAGAGGGAGGAGGACGGAAGGAAGCAAAGAGGGGAAAAGAGCCGGAGAAAAGUUUGUAAGGAGAAUCGUGACGGAGACGUUGCCGGUUGGUCGUAAAGCGCACGGUGGUGAAAGACUGUUCAGAGCUGGUAUCGCCGGGCAAAUCUAUCCUCAAAGAAACAGACGAGGGUUCCGUCGUUGGCCGCUGACCCGUGGAGAGAGGGAUUUUAAUUGAUAUUCGACAGCUGCCGGCCACUCGCCUGCUUCUGUUUGCUGGGAUUUAGAUGCGUUGGGAAGCCACCAUGCGGCGCGAUCCCAUUUUGUUCGCUUCCAGGGCCAUGGAGGAGUUGGUGUGUGAGCUGCGUCUGUUCCUGGACCUGCUGGACAGGGAGUAUCUGAGUUCUGGGGUCAGGGAGAAGAAGAUGCUCAUCUCCAACAUCCUCCACAGGGUCCUCAACGCUAAUGAGCCCUCGUUCAAGUCAGAGAUCCACAGCAGCCUCCCUGCCCCCCCUCAGAUGCCCCUCCCAGAGAUCCCACAACCCUGGCUGCCUCCAGACAACGGGCCUCCUCCUCUCCCCAGCUCGUCUCUCCCAGAGGGCUACUAUGAAGAGGCCGUCCCCCUCAGUCCUGGAAAAGCCCCAGAAUACAUCACCUCCAACUACGAUUCGGACCAGAUGAGCAGUUCGUAUGAGUCGUAUGACGAGGAGGAGGAGGACGGGAAGGGUAGAGGGAAGAAGAUGCGACACCAGUGGCCUAGCGAGGAGGCCUCCAUGGAUCUCGUCAAGGACGCACGCAUCUGUGCCUUCCUGCUGCGCAAGAAACGCUUCGGCCAGUGGACCAAGCUGCUCUGUGUCAUCAAGGACAACAAGCUGCUGUGCUACAAGUCAUCUAAAGACCAGGCGCCCCAGAUGGAGCUGCUGUUAUCAGGCUGCAGCAUCACACACGUCCCCAAGGACGGCAAGAAGAAGAAACACGAGCUGAAGAUAGUGCACCAGGGAGCAGAUGCCCUGGUCCUGGCCGUGCAGAGCAAAGAGCAGGCUGAGGAGUGGCUCAAGGUGAUGAGGGAGGUGUGCAGCAACGGAGGGGACUCAGAUGGAGCAGGCGCCGGGUCUCCUGUACACAAGCCCGACCUGGAGAAGAAGGUGUCAUGUGAUAGGCCGAGCUCAGAUGGCGAGCCGCCCCAUGAGAACGGACACACCGUCACCGACUGUAAGGACCAAGGUAAAGGAAAGAAGGACUCUCAGAAGAGUCAGAAGGGAGGCACGCUGGGAAAAGGGGCGGGAAAGAAGAUAACUAAGAUCAUUGGCCUGGGCAAAAAGAAGCCGUCCACUGACGAACAGACAUCUUCAGCCGAGGAGGACAUACCCACCUGUGGCUACCUGAACGUGAUGUCCAAUAACCGCUGGCGUGAGCGUUGGUGUCGUCUGAAGGACAACCAGCUGUUGCUCCAUAAGGACCGCGCUGACCUGAAGACCCAUAUGGCCAGCCUGCCCCUCCGAGGCUGCGAGGUCAGCCCCGGGCUGGACUCCAAACACCCCUUCGCCUUCCGCCUGCUCCGCAAUGGACAGGAGGUGGCUGUACUGGAGGCGUCCUCCUCAGAGAGUAUGGGUCGGUGGUUGGGGGUGCUGCUCGCUGAGACUGGUUCCACCACAGACCCUGCUGCCCUGCACUACGACUACAUAGACGUAGAGACUACCGCUAACGUCAUCCAGCUGGCCAAGCAGUCCUUCUGCUUCACGAGUAAACGCGUUGUAUCUCCCAACCCCUAUCUGGACAACCCUGUGAACGGUUAUGCCUGCCCCUCUGGAAUGGCACUGCACUAUGAUGAUGUGCCCAUCAAUGGAACGGACCCAGAGGCGUUAUACUCCAGCCCUGCCACCGGAGGGCGACGUCUGAGAGAGGAGCUGAAGGGAAAGAAGGCCCCAGUGACCAAUGGGACAGCGUCUAAACAGAAGGUGGACAAGAACCAGGCCAAGAAGACCAAUGGAACAACCAGUGGAGCAUCUGUGAAACGCAACAACUCCAGCGCAGAGCAGUAUAAGUACGGUAAGAACCGCGUGGAGGCGGACGCAAAGCGGCUGCAGGCUAAAGAGGAGGAGCUGAUGAGGAGGAAGCAGGACAUCAGGAACCGUCUGACCCAGCUGAAGAAGGACCGGAAAGACCUGCGCACCGCCAUGGAGGCCAGCACCGGUAAGCGUUCCGCUGCGUCUCUGGUGGAGCGGCUGAAGAAGGUGGAGGACGAGUGCAAGCUGAAGGAGGACGAGAGGGUGAGCCUGGAGCUGGAGCUGACGGAGGUCAAGGAGAGUCUGAAGAAGGCCCUGAGUGGAGGAGUCACCCUGGGACUCACCAUUGAGCCCAAGUCUGGCACCUCCAGCCCGCAGUCCCCGGUGUUGCUGAGGCGUACCCUAGAGAACUCUCCCAUCUCCAGCUGUGACACCAGCGACACAGAGAGCUGUUCUACUCUGCCCGUCAACAGCGCCUCCCUCCUCCGCAGGACGGCCAAUCAGAAACCCUCGACCGUCCGCGGCCACGUCCUCAGGAAGGCCAAGGAAUGGGAGAUGAAGACUGGCACAUAAGCAGCAACUCUCUUCACAAACGAUCCUAUUGUACCAGCUUGUUUUUUUUUUUGUAUAUAUUUAUUCACUUUUCACAUGGGGGAAGAAGGUUGAAGAGGAGUACGCUACAAGCGUAGCAUAGCCAACCAGAAAGACGAUGCUGAUUUGAGUAUACUUUAUUUCCAAAACAUAAAGAAAUGGCACUCUUUUUGUAGCUUACUAUUGUAUAAUACCGUGUAUUAUAUCUGGCAUGUUUGAACUACUCUGUCGUGCGGUUUUGGUAUUCGUCCAAUCGUUUUCUUUCUUUUCAAGCAGACAUCCAAUCAUAGACGGUCUUUUGUGGUCUGUUUCUCCAUCACACAAAUCUGGUUUCUACAACUCUUGGGGUUCAAAAAUCAAGUGCAAAACCAAGUAUUUAUUUGUAAAUGUUUAUUAAGUAAACAUCCCUGUGAUUAUUUAUGUUGAUAAUAUUUAAUGCUUGUUUUAUAGUAUAGCUGGCUCUCCGUAAGCGCCCAUGUUAUCUUUCCUACUCAGUUAGAAGCUCUCUUGUUCACAAGCAUAUGUUUAGAGUGGUAACUGCACUGCGCCACUAAUGUUCACGUCAUCUAAAUGGGUUAAUCGAAUCAUCAGUAUCACUGUUAGGCAAACCAGAUGAUUUGCAGAUCAUCAAACCAGCAAUACACCUACUCCCUACUGGUUGAUGCUUGUGAGUGGGCCAUUGGAAUGCUCCACUCAGUAAAGUGCAGGUCAGGCUAAGGCGUGGUCGUGUCCUGGUGAGUUUGGCCUCUGGCAUUGGAAAACUCCUAAAACCCCAAGUAACGUGGCCUCUUAUAUUUAAGCUUGACAACCAGGAGCCUCGGCCCAGCUCUUUUAAUCAUGCCACUGGUGUACUGUAGCCCUGUGAUCUGAUCUGGUGUGUGUGUGUGUAUGUGUGGCUUGUGUGUGUGUGGCUUGUGUGUUAGUGCGCAAGACUGUGUGUGAGUGAGCGUGUUUGUGGCUUGUGUGUUAGUGCGCAAGACUGUGUGUGAGUGAGCGUGUUUGUGGCUUGCAUGUUAGUGCGCACGACUGUGUGUGUGUGAGUGAGCGUGUUUGUGGCUUGCGUGUUAGUGGGCACGACUGUGUGUGUAUGUGUGUGUUUGUGGCUUGCGUGUUAGUGCACACGACUGUGUGUGUGUGUGUUUGGCUUGCGUGUUAGUGCACACGACUGUGUGUGUGUGUGUGUGUGUGUUUGUGGCUUGCGUGUUAGUGCACACGAUAGUGUAUGAGUGUAUGUGUGCGCGUGUGUUGAAACGUCUCCAAGGCACAUUCCAUCCCCAUCACUAAUACACUGUUAGAAAUAGAGGCCUGUAUGGUCAGAAAUACUGUGUGUUCUCCGCUUCAACCAGAGACUGUGACCUAGUUGUGGAUUCUUGAACUUCCAACUUCUACUGUAGCAACACGUUUCAGCUCAUACACACCACAUAGGCACGUGAACACACAAGCACACACAUUUAUGUCAUUUAUUUCUAAUGGUGCUUUUGGUAAUGCUUUUACCACAUCUACAGUACACUGCAAAUACUGUCGUAUCCACACAGCUCAGUUUAACCUAACCACUGUGCUUUGUAGGAGUGAGAAGUAGCAUGUUGAUGUACUACUGCAAACAAGCUUUUGCCAUUUACUCAAAGGCACAUUUACCUUUUAAAAUGGCUGGUUUAUGGUGUAUUUACUGGCCUGGUUGGAAUAUGAGGCAUAGCAAAAAUGGCCACCAAUGGAGGUUUCUCAAGUUAUCAGAGUGUAAAUAUUUGUAUAGCUUUUCCAUUCUGUCAGAUUGAUGCCAGGAUUGAAAUCCGAUCGCAUAUAUAAGCAGCAUUUACCGUGAAUGGGAUCUCCGCAAACCUGAGAACAUUGCCUUUAAAGGGAUGGUUUACACAAAAUGACACAUUGACAUAUUCCUUACCGUGUAGGCAGUCUAUGGACAAGGUAUGACAUGCUUUGGAUUAGUUUCCCUGGCACUGUUUUCAAAAUGCUAACGUUUUAGCAUUUGUGGCACAAAUCCCAUUGACGCCAUGGGACCAAUAUUAGCAUUGUUCGUGCAUCAUCCAAAAGUAUCUACAUGUUAUUGUGAAGCUCACCAAACGUCAGUUAUUGAUGAUUUGAACAUGAUGCGAAAAAUUCUGAUAUCGGUCCCAUGACUUGAAUGGGAUUUGUACCAGAAAUGCUAAAACGUUAGCAUUUGGAAACGGUACCAGCCACUGCCAGGGAAACUAAACCCAAAGCUUGGAUUGCUGUCACACGUUGUACAUAGACUGCUUACCGUGUAAAGAAACCAAUGUGUCAUUUUGUAAUUUGGGUGAACUACCCCUUUAAAAGCCACAAUGUCUAUAACCUGCCAUGGGAUUGAAUCCCGGCCAAAGUCCCACUAGAUGGCAAGCUAGAGCUAGCCAUAGUCACCACGAGAUGAGGGAGAGGAGGACAAGUUAAGCGUCUAAUCCAUUUUGAAAGCCUAUCUUUGUAUUAUCACCUUCAAAACAGAAAUGGGACAAGAGAUAUGUCAGUGAGAAAAUGUGAACCCACAUUGCGGGAGGGGAGAUUGGGUGGGGGGUUGGGGGUGGGGGGGUUGGCAGAGGGAGUAGGGGAGAAACAGCAACAUUGUUUGUUUUGCACCUUAGACUUUUCUACUCCAUUGUACUUCUUUUGACAGUUGCCAACUCGGUGACGAACGGCUGUAAAUAAAAGCAAUAAACUUCUUUCCAAAUGUC